GUCAGGACCAAUUCCAAGAAGAUGUCUUUAAAGUGAAGACUCUGUGGGAGCCCAACGUGCCCUAGAACUGGAAGGAGCAACUGUCAUUCUUUAAAUACCCAGAAGCCAGCACACUAUGGACAGGGCGAAACAGACAACUGAGAUCCUUCUGCAUUUGUCACCUGUUGAAGUUGCUAACCUGAAGGAAGGCAUCAAUUUUUUUCGAAAUAAGAGCACAGGUAAAGACUACAUCUUCUACAAGAAUAAGAACCACCUGAAGGCAUGCAAGAACUUAUGCAAGCACCAAGGAGGCCUGUUCAUAAAAGACAUUGAGGAUUUAGAUGGAAGGUCUGUUAAAUGCACCAAGCACAACUGGAAAUUAGAUGUAAGCACCAUGAAAUAUAUCAAUCCUCCAGGGAGCUUCUGUCAGGAUGAGCUGGUGGUUGAAAUGGAUGGAAACAAUGGUCUUUUACUUCUAGAACUGAACCCUCCUAAUCCCUGGGAUUCAGAUCCUAGGUCUCCUGAAGAUUUGGCAUUCGGGGAAGUGCAGAUAACAUAUCUCACUCAUGCCUGCAUGGAUCUCAAGUUGGGAGACAAGAGAAUGGUCUUUGACCCUUGGUUAAUUGGUCCUGCUUUUGCCCGAGGAUGGUGGUUGCUCCAUGAACCUCCAUCUGAUUGGCUGGAGAGGCUGUGCAGAGCAGACCUAAUUUACAUCAGCCAUAUGCACUCAGAUCACCUGAGUUAUCCUACCCUGAAGAAUCUUUCUGUGAGAAGACCAGAUAUCCCCAUUUACGUAGGUGAUACAGAAAGACCUGUAUUUUGGAAUCUAGAUCAGAGUGAUGUCCAGUUAACAAAUAUCAAUGUCGUACCAUUUGGAAUAUGGCAGCAGGUAGACAAAAAUCUUCGAUUUAUGAUCUUGAUGGAUGGUGUUCAUCCUGAGAUGGACACUUGUAUUAUUGUGGAAUACAAAGGUCAUAAAAUACUCAAUACAGUGGACUGUACCAGACCCAAUGGAGGAAGGCUGCCUGAAAAAGUUGCUCUCAUGAUGAGUGACUUUGCUGGAGGAGCAUCAGGCUUCCCAAUGACUUUCAGUGGUGGAAAAUUUACCGAGGACUGGAAAGCCCAGUUCAUUAAAACAGAAAGGAAGAAGCUAUUGAACUACAAGGCCCAGCUGGUGAAGGACCUGCAACCCCGAAUUUAUUGUCCUUUUGCUGGCUAUUUUGUGGAGUCCCACCCAUCAGACAAGUAUAUUAAGGAAACAAACAUAAAAAAUGAUCCAAAUGAACUCAACAAUCUUAUCAAGAAAAACUCUGAUGUUGUGACAUGGACCCCACAACCCGGAGCUAUUCUUGAUUUGGGCAGGAUGCUGAAGGACCCAACAGACAGCAAGGGUAUCACAAAUCCUCCAGAAGGAACUAAAAUUUACAAGGAUUCCUGGGACUUUGAACCAUAUCUGAAUACCUUGAAGGCUGCUGUAGGAGAUGAAAUUUUUCUUCACUCAUCCUGGAUAAAAGAAUACUUCACCUGGGCUGGAUUUAAGAAUUAUAACUUGGUAGUCAGGAUGAUUGAGACAGAUGAGGACUUCAACCCUUUUCCUGGAGGAUAUGACUAUUUGGUUGACUUUCUAGAUUUGUCCUUCCCCAAAGAAAGACCUAGCCGGGAGCACUCCUAUAAGGAAAUUCGUAGCCGGGUUGACGUCAUCAGAUACGUGGUGAAGAACGGUCGACUCUGGGAUGACUUGUACAUAGGAUUCCAGACUCGACUCCAGCGGGACCCUGAUAUCUACCACCACUUGUUUUGGAAUCAUUUUCAAAUUAAGCUCCCCCUAACACCACCCAACUGGAGGUCAUUCCUGAUGCACUGCGGUUAGACUGGACCUCAGAUUCCCCAGAGAUGCUAGACAUGA